AUACUAUGAAUAUGUCACUUUUUUUUUGCACAUUAAUAACAGAGAAUCAUCUAAUUUUGUAAAAAUCUUAACUUUGGAUUAAUUUGGAGUAUCUCUCUUUGGCCAUUUGUUCUUUCUAUGUACUGCUUAUAAAUGCACUGGAGAGAUAUUGUCCCGUGCCUUCCAAUUUUUUUUUUCUUCCCUCCUCAAACGAUGACUUUGGCUAUGGCUAUUGAUUCUCAUGAAACCACCGUUUUCCGAUCAAAACUCCCAGACAUUUCCAUCUCCAACAACAUCCCACUCCAUAGAUAUUGUUUUGAGAAUAUCUCAGAAUUCAAUGACAAACCUUGCUUAAUUACAGGCUCAAAUGGAAGAAUUUAUAGUUACAAUGAAACCCAUCUUCUCUGCCACAAAACUGCCGCUGGAUUAUCAAAACUAGGUGUAAAAAAAGUCAAGAUGACCCCUCAGCUGGAGAAGCUGUGGUUGCCUUUGUCGUUCGAUCAGGUGGCGCUGAACUUACUGAAGAUGAAGUUAAAGAAUUUGUCGCAAAACAAGUGGAGGUCUACAAGAGACCACAUAAGAUCCUAUUCAUCGAAGCUAUACCAGUAUCUCCUACUGGCAAGAUUUUAAGAAAAGAACUCAGAGCUAAAUUAGCUUCUUCAUCGGUUUAAAUUUAGUAAUAUUACUUUGUCAUGGGAUUUUUUCCUUCUUCUUCCCAUGAACUUUUUAUAUCAGUUUUACCUUUUGUGCAACUAUUGUAUUCGUGCUGCAUUUGC